AAGAGGAACAGCAGCUUCAUUUAACAGCAGACACAGCAUCAGGCAUGAAAAAGCACUGAAAAGAAGAGACAGUUCAACAAGAAUUAAACAGGAACUCCAGUGGUGUGAGACUGAUCACAGGAAAAUACAGGAAAUCCAAAAAAAGGAAGGAAAUGAACAAGAAAAGGAAGGAAAUCCUGAGGGGACAGUGUCUUCAAACCAGGAUCCACAGCAGCUGAUGAGUCCAACAGUCCAAACCCUGACUGGAUUUAGGACCCAACUGGUCUGUGGGACUGACACAAACUGGUUUGUCUUGUGUGUCAUAACAAACACAGCAGGUCCACUCUGUCCUGACAUGACCUCCACUCCUCCCCUGUAGAUCUGACAGUUUACAGGUGGGCGGAGCCAACAGGAGGUGGAUCUAGACAGCAGACAGGAAACACUGCACAGGUGAAACAGAUCAGGGCUCAAACUGCUUUGACUCACUGAAACUGAACCAGUCGUUGAGACACGAAGCAGAAAUGGAGCAGAAAGGAGUGCAGCUGAGUCAGGAAACACUUUCCUGUUGGAUCUGUUUGGAUCUACUGAAGGAUCCGGUGACUAUUCCCUGUGGACACAGCUACUGUGGCUGUAUUCAAACCCAGUGGGAUGGAGAGGACGGGAAGAACCUCCACAGCUGCCCUCAGUGCAGACACACCUUCAUACCCAGGCCUGUCCUGGUCAAAAACACCAUGUUGGCAGAUUUAGUGGAACAGCUGAAGAAGACUGGACUUGGAGCUGCUGCUGCUGAUCGCUGCUACGCUGGAGCUGAAGAUGUGGUCUGUGAUGUGUGCACUGGGAGGAAACUGAAAGCUGUCAAGUCCUGUAUGGUGUGUUUGGUCUCCUACUGCCACAAACACCUUCAGCCUCAUCAUGAAUCUGCCGCCUUUAAGAAACACAAGCUGGUGGAUCCGUUGGAGAAGCUCCAGGAGAACGUCUGCUCUCAUCACGGUGAGGUGAUGAAGAUGUUCUGCCGCAGUGAUGGUCAGUGUAUCUGUUAUCUGUGCUCUGUGGAAGAACAUAAAGGCCACGACACAGUGUCAUCUGCAGCAGAAAGGACUGAGAGGCAGAAGGAGCUGGAGGUGAGUCGACAGAAAAUCCAGCAGAGAAUCAAAGACAAACAGAAAGAUGUGAAGGUGCUUCAACAGGAGGCGGAGAACAUCAGUCGCUGCGCUGAUGAAGCAGCGGAGAAGAACCGCAAGAUCCUGACCGAGCUGAUCCGACUGAUGGAGGAAAGAAGGAGCGAUGUGGAGCGGCAGAUCAGAUCCAAGGAGGAAACUGAAGUGAGUCGAGUCAAAGAGCUGGAGUGGAAGCUGGAGCAGGAGAUGACUGAGCUGAGGAGGAAAGACGCUGAGAUGGACAAACAGACACACACACACCAGCACAACCAGCUUUUACUCCAGUAUCCAUCAGUGUCCACACUCAGAGAAGAUCCAGACUCAUCCCACGUCCACGUCCGUCCUCAGAGUUACUUUGAGGAUGUGACCACAGCUGUGUCAGAGCUCAGAGAGAAACUCCAGCUCAGUCUGACAGAAGAACGGACCAACAUGGAACUGAGCAUCAGUCAAACACAGGUUCUACUAGAACCAGAACCACAGACCAGAGCAGGAUUCUUACUAGAACCAGAACCACAGACCAGAGCAGGAUUCUUACUAGAACCAGAACCACAGACCAGAGCAGGAUUCUUACUAGAACCAGAACCUCAGACCAGAGCAGGAUUCUUACUAGAACCAGAACCACAGACCAGAGCAGGAUUCUUACUAGAACCAGAACCACAGACCAGAGCAGGAUUCUUACUAGAACCAGAACCUCAGACCAGAACAGGAUUCUUACAGUAUUCAUGUCGAAUCACACUGGAUCCAAACACAGUGAAUGAAGAUCUGUCACUGUCUGAGAAGAAUAGAAGAGUAACAUAUAUGAGACAAAAACAGAACUGUCCUGAUCAUCCAGACAGAUUCAGUUUCUGGUAUCAGGUCCUGAGCAGAGAGAGUCUGACUGGUCGAUGUUACUGGGAGGUGGAGUGGAGGGGGGUGAUGGUUUGGGUCGCAGUCGCAUAUAAGGAUAUUGAGAGAAAAGGACCCUGUAAUGAAUGUCAGUUUGGAUCAAAUGACAAGUCUUGGGUUUUAGAAUGUACCAAUAACUCUUUUCGUCAUAAUAGUGUCUGGUCUUCUGUCCCAGGUCCAGUUUCCUCCAGAAUCGGAGUCUACCUGGAUCACACAGCAGGUAUUCUGUCCUUCUACAGCGUCUCUGAAACCAUGACUCUGAUCCACAGAGUCCAGACCACAUUCACUAAACCUCUGUACGCUGGACUUUGGCUUUUGAAUGUUGGAUCCACUGCCCACUUUCCUAAACUCCAUUAAACUCAUCGUUGACUUUGAUCCAGUCGAUCAGAUCAAUCUUUUCGUAUCUGUCUCGAAACCACACGACAGAAAAACAGAUCAACUUUUUUUUUUUACCUGAACUCACAAUCCAGAUUUGGUUCCAUUCAGACUUUUUUUGUGAGGAUUCUUAUAGUCCAGUGUGUGUGACGGUCAACCAGCCAAUAGUGUGUUUGUAGACCCAUCUGUGAUGUUCACACAGCUGUCAUCAACUGAGGAGCACACAACCAGACUGAUGGUGUCUGUGCUUUGGACCGAGUCAAACAAAGUGGAGCCGUUUUUCCACUUUGGACCAAUUGAGUUCAAAUCCACUGUUCUGUCCUGUUUCCUACAGAAGAAGCAUGGACGUGGAUUUGGAGACGACCGCAGAAGCGGAGAUCAUGAACCGACUCAGACGGAGGCGGAGCUCAUGCACGGAAACCUGUUCAUCUGAUUGAGUUCAUUCUGUUCCAUCUGAGCAUGUGCAAGAAAAGAGAACUGAGACAAAACACAAGUGAUUUAGUCAAACAUGAGCUGAAGACCAGAACAGGAAGUUGGAUUCUAUCGUCACUACGUAUGUACAAACCCCCGAAGAAAUCCAAUAAUGGACUGAAACACGGGUUUUCCAUGAUUUCUGAAGUGCAUGUAAACGCAUCAUAUCUGAUUAUUCCAUUUAUCUGAUUAUUAACAGUUAUUGUUUUUUUUAUGGUGGUGUAAACGGGCUGAAACUGUUGGAUGAUCCAGUUCAAUAGAUAGAUGUCCACCAUCUUAGAAAAUGGACACAUUUGUCCUUAAAGCCUGAGGCGUGACUUAGUUCAAUGACGUCGAAAAUACUGAUGUUGUAAAAAUGAGAACACUGUAAGAAAUGAUUCAUGGGGUUAGGAAGUUAAGCUUCAAAUCCAGAGCUUUUUCUGCUUCAGAAAUGAAGUUUGUUACAUGUACACAUUGUAAUCAUUUGAUUACAGUUGUUUUAUUAAGUUGGUCUAAAUGAAAAAUAAGGAAACAGUCUUAAGUUAGUACCAUAUGGGUUUUGAACAGACAUUUGUGUCUUAACUUACCAUAGAAGUAGAUUCAGUUAGUUCACCUUAAAACUCUUUUCAGCUUCCUUUAAAAGCUGAGUACAAAGUUGAUGUGCCAGACCACGCCUACCACGAGAAACAGGGAAGCACCGAAAGAAAAGGGAGAAACACGAUUUUACACUGAACUUUACUAAACUUUAAGGCUUGAUAAGUAGAAUUUAGCUUUGUUUUAUUCACAAUAGCUAAUAACUAUCAAAUCAAACGACAAGAAAUGGUUUUUAUGCCACACUUAAAGUCUUUUCCUCAGCUAGAGGUGGGAACGUUUAAGCUAGUAACCUAAGACUUUUAGCUAAUUGAUGUAGCAAUUUAAAAAAUAAUCAGGAAAAUGAACAAAAAUAAAAUUAAUCAUGAAAUGAAUGAAAUAAUCAACAAAAUGAAAAAAAAAUAAAAAAUCAACGUGAGUAAAAAUGACCAAUUGUGAAUUUCCAGAUGGUCUCUGUCCAAUGGAUCAAUAAAGUUCUAUAGAAUCUAAUCAACAAGUGGAACAAAAAUGAACAAAAUAAUCAAGAAAAUUAACAAAGAAUUAAAAAAUUAAGCAAUUGUGCAGCCAAAUACACAAAAUGAGCAACAGUAUGAACAAAUAGGCUGGUAAUGUUUAAGCUAAUUCAAGUUUAAGUUGACUUUAUUUGUACCCGUGGGUAGACUUGUUUGCAGCAAGCUUUCGCUCACUGCCGGUUGCUGUGUGCGCAUGCGCCCAACGCAAAUCCUUCGAAAAUUGCAGUAAAGAACAGAAGAUAAUGCAAAGCACAAAUAUAAGACAUCAUACAGUUUCACACAGUACACGUGGACACAUGCUGGAAUUUUUUCAUGGAUUUGAAGGGAGUUGGAGGGACAGCGUGAACAUUAAGGCAGACAGCAGACGUGAAAAUGGGACAAUGGGGGUAGGGGAGAUGCAUGGACUGUGUAAUAAUUAUGGAAUGUGUGUGCAAAGAUAGAGACUCCAGUGGGGUCACUCUGUCCUUUUCAGUUCAGUUCUUAUCAGUUCUUAUCAACCCCACUGUUGUCCUGGCCAUGGAAGAUGUUUUGACUGUAGGGGGAGUAGAUUGAGAAGAAUAUGCUGCUUCCUCAGCUCUCAGGGGAAAACAAUUUAGGCCAUGGGGGAAGCUUGAUUACUGCAUGAAUUCAGUAUAACUUAAUUUGGUUAUACCUGGCCUCAGCAUUCCUUAGCAUCUUCGACCAGUAAGGUCUCUACCCAGUCCCUCGAUCUUCUCUUUCAGUCCAGCAGAUUGACGGAGCCCCUCCACGGUUGCCCUCAAUCCCUCUGCAGACUGACCCGUGAUGUAAUCCAACUUCUUAUACGAGUCCGCAGCCCGUCCGGCCAGGUCUCGCACACUCUCCCCCGUCUGCAUCACCGCCCGUUGUAAUUCCUUCACAUUAUCUCUCACCGCUCCGAAGUGCUUCUCAAUUUCCACCGACAGCACCGGGGUCUCUUUGCAUGCUGCUGUUUUACUGAUUUUGCGAUAGAUCAGGGCCAUUCCAAGACCAAUCAGAAGGUGUCCCGCUAUCAUAAGUCCCAGUAGGUAGAUAUCUUCGAUGUCCUCCACCGACAAGGCAGACAGACAGACCACCCUCCACUUGUCCCAAGCGUCCCGGGUGGAUCCGGCUGCAGCUGUCCCAUCAGGGCAGGCGGGCUCCCCAGGACCAUUCUUCCUUGAUGAAAAAAUUGUGUCAAUUACGCUGAGUGACCAGUUGGUCAAUUCCAUGUUUGCUGUUCGAGAGCUCAACAAGCAGGGGAUUUAAAAGUAAAGUAAGUCGGACGAGACACUGCACGGCCAAGCAGAGUGGGGGAAGCAGGAAAAAAAACAUCAGAUAGUAGAGCUCAGAAAAACACGUCCACUCUCUUCGAAGGACAGGAAGGAAAACUAUUAGUAACAUAAGACUAUUAGCUAAUUGCUGUAACAGUUCGUCCAUAACAUUAGUCUGGUUAGAUUUGGUUUUACAGAAGCUGAAUGGUGUUAUGGUUUUUAACUGGCACUGAAUUUCUGCAAGAGUAGUUUGAAUUAUUCAAGGACUGGAUAAUACAAGUUUUGCUCCUUUCUAAUUUAAAAUUGCAGUUUAUAUUGUGGCGUGUUUGCUGCAUUGCAUUGUGGGUAUUGGGUCUAUUGU